AUGGGUGCAUCAAGCGCCUCGUCAUCAAUCUCGGUGACGGUCAGAGUCCGGCCCUUUACCAUUCGAGAGGCUGCACAGCUAUCCAAAUGUGACGAAGCGCCACUGUUCCUCGGCGACGGUUCCCUGGCUGGCGUCCCCAGCACCCCGAAACUGGCUCAAAGGGGCAUUCGGCCAGUCAUCAAGGUUGUCGACGAUAAGUGCCUUAUAUUCGAUCCACCAGAGGACAAUCCCGUCCAGAAGUUUUCUCGGAGUGUUGUACCCAAUGGAAAGCGAGUCAAAGAUCAGACGUUUGGUUUUGACAGGAUUUUCGACGAAAAUACGACACAGGCCGAAGUCUACGAGUCUACUACACGAAACCUUCUCGACAGUGUGCUGGAUGGGUACAAUGCAACUGUGUUUGCCUACGGUGCCACGGGAUGUGGGAAAACACACACUAUCACCGGCACUGCUCAACAACCUGGAAUCAUCUUUCUGACCAUGCAGGAAUUGUUCGAGAGGAUCGACGAACGAAAAGAGGAGACGGUGACCGAAGUUUCUCUCUCCUAUCUCGAGAUUUACAACGAGACAAUCCGAGACUUGCUCGUCCUUGGGGACCGCAAAGGGCUUAUGCUGCGUGAAGAUGCUAAUCAAGCGGUCUCGGUAGCUGGUCUAUCGAGCCAUCACCCACAAAAUGUACAGGAGGUCAUGGAUAUGAUAAUGCGUGGUAAUGAGAAUCGCACCAUGUCCCCCACCGAAGCCAACGCCACAUCAUCCCGAUCACACGCCGUGCUCCAGAUUAAUAUUGCGCAAAAGGACCGCAACGCCGACGUCAACGAACCUCUGACAAUGGCCACUCUGAGCAUCAUCGAUCUUGCCGGAAGCGAAAGAGCCAGUGCAACCAGGAACCGCGGCGAGCGACUUCAGGAAGGAGCCAACAUCAACAAGUCUCUGCUUGCUUUAGGAAGCUGCAUCAAUGCGCUCUGUGAUCCGCGAAAACGAAAUCAUAUUCCUUAUCGAAAUUCUAAACUCACACGUCUCCUAAAGUUCUCUCUCGGUGGAAAUUGCAAGACAGUGAUGAUUGUCUGCGUCAGCCCUUCAAGUCAGCACUUUGAUGAAACACAAAACACACUUCGAUAUGCGAAUAGAGCAAAGAACAUUCAGACCAAGGUGACGAGGAAUGUAUAUAACGUGAAUCGCCACGUCAAGGACUUUUUGGUCAAAAUCGAUGAACAGAUGGCUCUUAUUAAUGAACUCAAGGCUCAGCAAAGAGAUUACGAGUCGAUUGCUUUUGCCAAAUUCCGGAAACAAAGUGAAAAGAAAGAGGCUGUCUCCCGAGAAAGCGUUUCUCGCCUGCGUAGUGCUUAUGAUAAUGCCGCGGCGGAGAGACAGGAGAAGACGGCAAGCAUGUUGAAGUUGAGGCAAGUCAGCCGAAGAAUCGCCAUGCUUUCAUCCUGGAUCGCUGCCUUUGAAGAAGUCUGUGCCUCGUGCGAGAGUGAGACGCCCAUGGAAAACCUGCAAGCUAUCAGGAAAACGGCACAGGGUAUUCUGUUUGAAUUGGAAAAUACCCGCCAUCAUUUCAAUCAACGCAUCUCGAAGAACAACUGGGAUAGGCCUAUUAACACUGCCCUGGAACAUGGCAUCCAGCAACUCCGAGAAUUUGAAAUUAGCGACAACUCAGAUAUUGCCAAUCUUACGCGUGAAGCAGAGUUGCUCAAAGCACAUGCGGAACGCGAAAUGCUGUGUGCUGUUUCUGAGCAAGACAAAGCAGGAGACGUAUCUACUGUGCAAACACUCCUCCAGGCGCAGUUUGAAAUAGUGUCCUCGAUUGAGAACAUUAUGCAGCUCACGGAAACCGAAGCAAUCGAAGCUGGCAAGAAAAUACUUCAGAAGAUGCUAUCUUCGUGUAUCUCCUCGGUCUCGAAUGUCGUCAAGCCUGACGGCAAGAUGCCUUCCAUCGGCCUUCCUUCGAUACCAAAGCCCGAUACAUCAUCACGCCGAAGAAAGUCCAGUCUUGCUGCAAUUCCCCCUAAAUCACUGAAUCCAGUGACGGCCAUUGCACCACACGUGUCAGUUUCCCCGUUGAAGAACACUCCACGGCGCCGUAAGCUAGGAAUGGCGAAGAAGGCAGUCAGCUUCACGCCCGUCAAGGCGCCGGCUACGAACAAGACAACAACAAGCAGGAGAGCUGUACGAUGGAAGGAUGAUGAGGAAGAUGGAUCUCUCGCUGAAUUCGAGAAGACGCCUCAGAAUGCCGAAACAACUGUGGAAGAUUCGCCAGAAGAGCUGCCUCUCCCGAGGAUCUCCCCGAUGCCUCGAAAUAUAGCCGUCUACAACCCUAAGAAGGAAGACUCGCAUCGGUCCUCUUCUCCUCUUCCACCAGCGCCCGAGCCGACUUUAGGAAUGCCUAGCAAGAAUAAUCGGUUCAAGGCUGGGUUUUUGUCCAAGAAACCCGGAUCGCCGGUACCACCCACGAUAACGAAUCUCUCCUCAGAUGAACAUACCCCUCUUCGCAAUAUCGAAAACAGCAGUUUCCUGAACAGGCCGUCCUUGGAUAGACCAUCCCGGAUUGCAGUUCGGUCUCCCAGCGGAAGCCAUCUCGGAAGCAGCCCCGUUUCUGACGGUGAGAGAAGGACGUGGAAAGCUGAGAAAGAGGACGCAAUCAAAAUCAGCGCCGCCAUGCGACGCAUCUCCGUCGGGGCCGGUGCAUCUGGAGUGCCUGUCAGCAAAACACAGCGGCGCAGAAGCCCUACUCUGGGUAGCUCGCCGCCGGAAAGCGCGCUGUUCUCGGCUUCCGAAGCGAGACGCAUGGUCAAAAGCGACAAGAGUUACGAAUCCAGGCCCAGCGUUCUCGCACCCCGUGCCAUUUCAGUGACCAAGAACUCUCGCCGGAUUACCAUGGGAGGCGACGUGCGGCCCCGCGAGAUCAGUCUGUCCGGGCGAGACGCUGUCAGAUUGAGCAUGGCAGCUGCUACAAGUCCCGAGACGCGACUUAGUCUCGGACCAGGCAUUCGAGGAGGAGCAUUGAGAUAA